AUGCUAAGAAAGAUUACUUAUGGAUGUCAGAUAUCGUUGUCGUUAUGCAGUGAAAUCGAGACCUACCUUUCAACUGACUAACUUAAUGAUAAUUUAUUGGUUCAUAAGGUCACGCAUCAGAAUGAGAUUCUGAACUUUGAAAAAUGCAUAUUUAUGAUCAUCCCUGUUCUAAAUCAUUUUUGGGUUGGCAAAUUGGUAGAGCUAGUGAGAAAUGACAUUGACAAGGAAAUCAAUAAAAAGGAAUCCACAAUUUAAUCUAGACAACAGACUGUAAAGUCUUAUGAAAACAAUCUCGAUGAGGAGAUGAUGGCCAAUAUCUCAUGUUUCCAAAAACUGCAAGACACUUCAUUACUGUUUGGAACCUCCACUUUUCAUUUGGUUCAUAAGGAUUCUCUUCGAUUUGUAAUGAUUGAUCAAGAAUCAGUGUAAUUAGUGGAAUUUCCCUCCGAUUACACAGUGUUGCAUUUCCAGCCAGUCUAUCAAUAUCAGAAACAGAUCUCGUGUAUUUUGGACUAGGAGACUGUAACUUUGUGUGCUGCAAAAUCAAUUUAAAAUAGAAAAUGUUAUUUAAGAUUAAUUUCCAAGGAAUCCGCAGAUUAAGUGUCUUCCACCUAGAUAAGUCCCACCUACUUAAAAAUGAAUUUAUACAGUAGUCUACAAGAGAAUGAGGAUUUGCUGUAUGCAGGAGAUCUCAUAGCCAUAAACCUAAGCGAAACAAAUUUAUUUCUGAAUGCCAAACAACCCUAUGACACAUUUCACGAGAUAGCUGAAUACUAGAUCCAGAGACUUCAGAACCAAUUGACUUAAUUGACUCUCCCCAAGAUCAUCUACGAGGAUCUCAAAGUGACCUUCGAUGAUGUGAUAGAAAGAAUAGGUAUGAAGAGGAUUCAGAAACUUCAAAGCAGUUCUUAUUGGAAGAUCGAAAAAACAAAUGGACAAGGAGGAUAGAUUUAAUUUUAUCAAUUGGUGAGACUUAAACAUAAUCAAUCCUCUAGAUAUUUGGAAUUGUUGAAUGGUGAUCCCAUCUUAACAAACCAAUUGAGUAAACUCUCCCUCUUCAUGUUGAUUCCCAUUGAUGAAGGAUAGAAGGUCUUGAAAAAGGAUUCCUACUUCAAAGUUUAACAUUAUCAAUCUGGAAUGUACUUGCAGGAUCAAAACAACAAACAAGAAAAUAGAAACAUCAACAUCUUGAGAUUAAGGAAGAUUGGAGAUUACGAGGACACUGAAACUAAAUUACUUCAAUAUUCUGUUAAAAUCUUCAUUGAAGCUAUAGAAUUGUUGUAAGAAAUCAAUGAUCAAGAAAUCAAGUGUUCUCUCUAUGAUAUCAAAAAUAAAGAAGGAGAAAUCAGAUUAAAAAUUAAGUUUUACUUCAUUUAUCAAAAAGUCAAACAAGUCUUGGCUUAUGUUAGUGAUUUUCUCAUGAAUAAAUUAAUAUCCAACCUAUCACCUAAUCAAAAGUACAAUCAGAUGUCAUUCAUCAGAUAAGACUCAUUCAGAUAAGAACCUCUCUUCCCCCUUAUUUGUUUAUUGUUCUAAAUGCUAAAACCAGAAUUGGUUGAACAAAUUGCUUAAAACGAUAAGGAUUUCUUUGAAAAGGAAGAGAAAUUCUACCAGAGUACUAAAACCAUCAAUAGAGCGGAUAGAGACGAAGGAAGGAUUAUCUAUUAUUAUCGCUUACAAAUCAAGAUACUCUAAGUCCAAUUAAUCGAAACUAUUAACAUCAUUUGCAAAGACAAUAUCGAAAAUCAGAAUUGCUUUUUCUAGUUUUUGCCCAUACUCCACAAACACAUCAUACUAUACCCUGAAUUCAUCGCAGUUUUAACCAGUCUAGUCUGUAAAAAUCGCUUUUUUCUAGAAGAUCUCUCCAAAAUUAGAAAGAUUUCCUCCAAUAAACCAAAUAAAAAUACAUUCAUUCUAGAGUGGUUGACUGAAAAGGUCUCUUUAAAUUCUGUUGCUAAAACUGAAAUCCCUUUGAGCCAAAAAACAGAAAUUUUGUAAUUCUUAGCCACAUGUUGUUCAUUCGGAGUUGAAGCAAUAUUUGCAAAUUAAGAGAUGAUUUUUAAGACAUUGAUCAAUAAGAAGAAGAAUAUUACAUUAAUGAAAUGUGUUGUAGAUGAAGAAAAGAAUAUUAUUGUUACUUGUAAUGGUAAGAUGGGAUAAGUGUCAAUUAAAUUUGAAGCCUAUUUUGAACAAGCUCAUAAGAAUUCAAAUCCACAUUUUUAAGAAGAACUUAAUUUUUUAAAGGCUCAAUUCUUCUUAUAUUCAUAAUUAUGCUUACAAAGAAACUACGAUUCCAUUAAGUACUUUGGAGAUCAAUUUAGUGAUAAUUCUCUGGUUCCAUUAUUAAAUAACAACUUAAUUGACCCUGAAUUGAGAGCCCAUUUGAUUGCUCUCUGUAAAAAUAUCUACUUAGACAGGGAUCCUUUGAUUGCUCAAGUAAAACCUACCUUAAUCAGAGUGAAUAUCAGCAAUAGUCAAACAUUUUUCGACAAUAUAUUUUAUGAAGAUGAAGAUGGGGUUUUUGAUAAGGUAGAAUUGGAAACCAAGUCUUUAUACUACGUAAUUCAGAAAUUCAAAGAGAUCUUGAGUUCUUAUCUAAGAUAAAUGGUGAAGAAUCUUCAUGAAUAGCAACCUUAGAAGGUGUACAACCUCCUCACUCUGCAAAUUAUGAGAAUAUUAUUUAUGCUCUUACAAUUUGGAUGGUUUUCUAAACAAAGUGAUGAGAUGAAUAAACAGAGAAUGGAUGACUCCAAAGAAAUUGAAUAUGCAUUAGAGAAAUUAAUAUAGCAAUUGUCACUGUUGCUUGAAUACGACUUCGAUUAUCAGAAGGCUCAUUCUAAAUUGAAAUCUAAGAAUGUAAAUGAGAAAUUAGCAAAAAUGAUUAAAAUUUAAUCUUUAAAGUUCUUUAGAAAAACAGAGUAAAAGAAAAUCAAUUAGAGCAGCAUUGAGACAAUUAGAGAUCCACUCCUAAGGAAAUUACAGAAUGUUAAACGAGUAUUGAACAGAUUCUAGAAUAAGACCUUUAGUGCUCAAACUAAUACUUCAGAUUAUGAAAUAGAAAUAAAGAUAGAGAUAUGCAAAAUAUUUUAAUAUCUAUUGGAUAUGAGAUUGGACUUUAUGAUCGAUAAUGCUAUUGCUUUUUUCACCAAUACAUUCUUGCCUUCAGUUUCUAAAAAGUUCACGCACUCAGAAAAACAACAAUUGCAUGAUUCCGCUGAGAACAAGUCCCAUUUAUAGACUCACUUAGUUUAUUACAGAAAGAAAUACUUGACUUCAUUAUAGGGAUUAUUGAGGGAGGAUCUUCUGAAACCAGGAUAGAAGAAGUUUCAAUAAAGAGGAAUUAAAGAUCAUGUAUAGAUCAAUAGAAUAAGACACUUUGAUAGGAUCAUAGAUCGUCCAUUCAUAGAAGUGUUAUUGAAAGGAUUUUACUUUGCCAAUGAUAAUGUCCUCUAAAAUCAUAUCGUAGAAUUGAUUGAGAGGUAUUAAAAUUAAAGAUCUGAGUUUUGUAAUUACUUAAAGUAAAUAUAAAUGAUAAUGACGAAUAAUUUGUAGAUUAUUUAUAGAACUAUGUACAUUUUGGUAUAGAAGCUGAAAAAUAAUGUGCAGAAUUCCUAAAUUUGGUUGCGUUUAGACAUUCCCAUAGCAUUAAAUGAAAAGAAUGAAGAGACGAUUGAAAAAGUGUUAGAGAAACUAGUUGAAAUCUAUACAAUAAUAUCAAAGAAUGAAGCGAAUGAGAGAUCAGUUAGGAGAAUAUUCUUGAAUUGUGGUGGUUACUAAGUGGUUUAUUAAUUGAUAGUGAAGUGUUUAUCAGUGAUUGAUGUAAAUAUGGACAUUUUCGAAUGCAGUUUUGAGUUAACAGAGUAUGAUGAAUAGAAACAAUACUAAUAGGAAUUGACUGAAAAGAUUCUAUAAAUCUUUUAAGCUUGUCUUCGAUUAAUAGGGUUAUCUGUUAGGAAUGAUUAAUAAAAUCAAGAGUAUGUUCUGAUCAAGUUAGCAAGGCCAUUGUUAAGAUACAACAUGGUGAAUUUAGGCCAGAUCGAGUUGAUCAAUGAGUUAUUCUCUAAUAAUCAUAACUUAUUGCCUUUGGUGAACUCUAAUGAUUUGUAUCAGUUGUUGGAAUACGUCAAACUCUAUGGGAAAUAUCAGUCAUUCAUAGAACUCUUUACAUCCAUAGUAAGAAACAAAUAAUGCCAAUCUCUGUAUAAGGAUAUCUAUUAGGCUUUAGUACAAUGUGAAUCUAAAGACAUCAAUGAUAAUUAUAACUUUUAGAAGUUCUACCCAAAUUAGCCCAAUAUUGAAGAAUUUCGUUAGAGUUUCCUCAAAAUCAUAGAAGUCGUCCUAAUCCAUGAUGAUAGAGCAGCCUUAUCAGUCAAAAUGUUGGAAGUGCUUGAUUUCACUGAUUUGACAUCGUACUUUUUGGAAAAGACUCAGGAAAUGAGAAAUACAAACUUAGACCUUGAGUUAUAGGAUAGCAUAACUAAAAUCAAAUUUGUAAUCUGCAGAAUUAUACUCACUUUAUCAAAGAAGAAGAAGAAGUUGUUGUUAAUUCACGAGAAUUACUUUCUCCAAAUUAUCAGUAUUGAAGCAUCUUGGCUUGAAUAAUAAGAGUUUUUAUAGACUUCUGCUAAGACUUAUAUUGUGGAGGGAUUGUUGCCAUUGAUAAAUACAUACAAUGAAUAUGCCAAUAAGAAAAAUUCUUUCAAGACUGACAUAGCACAAAUUAGAAGUUAUGCUUUGAGUGUUUUAAAGCAAUAUUCAUAAUUAACCAAGAAUAGUGAUACUUCAACUAAAUAUCAAGUGCAUAGAUUGGUUAAAGCUUUUGAUUUGAAAGUUCCUGAUGAAACGAGUGAAACAGAUUCUGAUUAAGAGGGAUUGAUGAGUGAUUUGAAUGGAGACACAUUUAAAACUGAGAAGUUUGAGGAAUACUAAGUGACUGAAGGUAGUGAUGGAUCGGAUCAAGGGUGUAAUGAUUUAGAAUUAUGGGAAUUCUUUAAGAAGUUAUUUGAUAACAACUAAAAAAUCAAGGAAUUGACAGAGACUGACCAAUUAGCCUAAUCCAUUUGGCAUGUGAGUGAUAUGUUCACUAGUGAUUUUUGGGAGGAUAAAGAGAAGAGACAAUUAAUUUUGACUAAUAAUGAUAUGUUGCAAAAGAUCCUAGCAUUCUUGUAAUUUUGGAAGUCAAACAAAGCAUCAAAACAAAGUGCCAUUUUUGCAUUAAAGUUGUUGAUUCAAAUAAUAAAAAUUGAUUAGAACAGAAUUAAAAUACUCGAUCAAUUGGGAGGCACUAAGAUAAUUCUCACUUUAAUUUGGGAGGAAAAUGAAAGUGAAAAUGACUACAUCAUUUAAUUGUUGAUUUUAAUUAAGGAACUCAUGACUUGUAAGCAAGUGUAGAAGACAACCUUAACAUUUUUGAGUCUUGCUAUAUCCAGUGACAAAUUCUUUUAAAAAAUGGAAAUGCUAUUGACGAUAGAGCAGGAUUUAAAAAUAUGUACUUUGGUACUGUAAAUAAUGGAAUUGAUGUGUAAUGACAACAAUAAAGAGUUACAAAACUUGAUUCGUUAUCAGAAGAAUAAUAAAAAGUCAUAUGAUCUUGUUCAGUAGACUAUCAACUAUUUAUGUUCUUUGGAUGUUAAGAACAAUUAUGAAUAACUUAUUUAGUGUUUAAAGACUUUGAAGUCACAAGCAUAUGCAUGUCGACCAAAUCAAACAUUAGUGGCCAAUUCUAAGUUUGUUGAGUUCUCUAUUAGGGUGUUAAAUGACUCAUCUUUAAAAUAGUAUUUGGAUGAAGUGCAAAUAAUUUAAUUGAAACAUUAGUGUCUAAUAAUCUUAUUGGUAGUUGCUGAAAUUAACACCAAGGAUGAUUAUAUUGUAUAGAAAUUGAAGAAAAUAGUUCCCAAGACUGUGUUAGUAUAACAUUUUGUCAAUGUUUAUCAUCAAAUGGUGAAUUUGUUUGGCGAGGACAAUUAUUCGAAGCUGAUAUUUGUGAAUAAACCGAAUUUCAUUAUGGAAAGUGGAUUCAAUGCUUACAUUUUAUAUGUUAUUCUUUCGGAACUAAAUUAUGUAGUGGAAGAUUUGGAAGAAUUUAAGAAGAAUGAUGAUGAAGGAUAGUUAGUCUAAGAUUUCUUGAGGGAUAACAUUUUAAACGAACUGUCUAGAUUGGGGUAAUCCUUGAUGAAACAUGGGUUGGAGUAGUUGAAUCAAAUCAAGUAAUAAUUCAGUGGAUAAGUCGAAGAGAAGAUGAACAUAAUCAAAAAGCAUGAGAUGAUGCACAAGGCUUUUUAAUUUUACAAAAUGAAUACAUUACAAGUUGAAUUUGUAAAGGAUGAUGUACUUUACUUAACGUACUUCCCUAAACUCCCUUGUUUCUACUUAUUGAGAUAAGAAAUAAAGAAGAAAUUCUUGGAUCAAGCAGACAGAACGAGCACCAAAACAAAGAUUAUCAGUUUGGUUAACUUUGUGGAUUCAGCCUACAAGUUUAUGUUGCAUUAAGAGGCUCUGAGAGAUUACUUUAAGAAACACAAGUUCUUAGAGAUUCUGGCUAGAAGAGGUAAAUUAUGGAUGUAACUUGCUUUCUACAAUGGGUUCUUCAUUAAUUUAAUUAUCAUUUUAAGUUAUACUUAAUUAGCAUUUCCUCCUGGAUAUUAACCAAAGGAUCCUGAUGUAAUUUAAUAUUAUCGAUUAAAUGAGCCAAGGUUCUUAUAAGACUAUAAUAACACAAAUACCAAAUACUAUUUGAUGAUGUUGGCUUAUCUGAAUCUAGCUAUCAAUUUCAUGGUUUUGUUUUUUUAUCUCAUUGACAAAGCUCCUGUUAAACUAUAAUUUGUUUGGAAUGCGUGGCAUGCAUCUUCACUUAUUGGACACUUGAUUUCUGGGUUAAUUAAGGUGAUCAUCUCAAUCAUAGUUCUGGUCAUUGAUUUCGACAUCAUAUACUACAUUCUUUAGAUAGCAUUUAAUAUUAUUGGAAUAACAAUCCAUCCAUUUUUUUUGGCAUUUCAUUUGAUCCAUAUUCUGUAUUUGGAACCCCUCAUACCCAUAUUAAAGGCUGUGUGGUUGGCUAAGUUUAAGUUUAUUGGAUUAUGGUUGACAAUCAUACUUUUUGAAUACUGGGUAGCCUUGAUAUCCUACGUUUAUUUCUUUGAGUUUUUUAUAACUGAUAAGAAUCAGAAUCUUUGCAAUCACUUAUGGCAAUGCGUUAUUGUGACUUUUGAUUGGACAUUCAAAACCGAUGGGUCUGUCGGAGGUAGAUUCAUGGAAAACAUAGGAGAAAAGGCUGAGGAAAUGUACCUCAACAAUCUCAAUAACUAUUAUGGCAGAUUCUUCUACGACAACAUCAUCAACAUAAUCAUUAAGCUGUGCAUAAUUAAUGUUCUCCUUGCUGUGAUCAUUAUUUCCUACUCUGAAUUGAGAUCGGUUCAGAAACAGAAAGAGAAGGAUUAGAAUCAUAAAUGCUUUAUCUGCGGGAUCGAUAGACUAGUCUUUGAUAGGACAAGUCAGAACACCGGAUUUUGGCAUCACAUCAAGGUUGAACACAAUAUUUGGAAUUACCUAUUCUAUAUGUGCUAUUUGAGAAUGAAGCAAUCCGAUUUUAAUAAUGGUGUGGACAACUACAUACGAGCUAAACAAUAGGCUAGCGACUACUCUUGGUUCCCCAUAAGAAGAGCUAAAGCACUAUCUCUUAAGUUGCAGAUUCUUGAAAGUGUCAGCCACAAGAAUACAACCUCUAAGUCGAAGUUGAUCGGCCUGCUCCAUUCCCUGAGAAGACUUGUUUGGAUUCAUAAAUAAUUCUGA